CAGUCGCUGACAGCCGCGGCGCGGCGAGCUGCUUCUCCCCGGCUCCCGACCGAGCCGGACUCCUGAAUAUAUGUCAAAACUGAACAAUUUCAGCCACACUGAAGCGUUCUGUCUUCCUGGAGACACAAAUCCAGUUUAACUGAGCCACAACAGAUUAUCAGUCAUCAUGGUGAGCCUUGGCUCCUGGAUGCUGGUUCUCUUUGUGGCCACAUGGAGUGACGUGGGCCUCUGCAAGAAGCGACCGAAGCCGGGAGGCUGGAACACUGGGGGGAGCCGAUACCCGGGGCAGGGCAGCCCUGGAGGCAACCGCUACCCACCGCAGGGUGGCGGCGGCUGGGGGCAGCCUCAUGGCGGUGGCUGGGGACAGCCCCAUGGGGGUGGCUGGGGACAACCCCACGGGGGCGGCUGGGGACAGCCUCAUGGUGGCGGUGGUUGGGGUCAAGGAGGUGGCUCCCACGGUCAGUGGAACAAGCCCAGUAAGCCAAAAACCAACAUGAAGCACAUGGCAGGCGCUGCGGCGGCGGGGGCAGUGGUGGGGGGCCUUGGCGGCUACAUGCUGGGGAGCGCCAUGAGCAGGCCCCUCAUGCAUUUUGGCAAUGACUAUGAGGACCGUUACUAUCGUGAAAACAUGAACCGUUACCCCAACCAAGUGUACUACAAACCGGUGGAUCAGUACAGCAACCAGAACAACUUCGUGCACGACUGCGUCAAUAUCACCAUCAAGCAGCACACGGUCACCACCACCACCAAAGGGGAGAACUUCACCGAGACCGACGUCAAGAUGAUGGAGCGCGUGGUGGAGCAGAUGUGUGUCACCCAGUACCAGAAGGAGUACCAGGCUGCCUACCAGAGAGGCUCGAGCAUGGUCCUGUUUUCGUCCCCACCCGUGAUCCUCCUCAUCUCUUUCCUCAUCUUCCUGAUUGUGGGAUGAGGAACGUCUUCCUGUCUUCACCAUCUUCUUCAUCUUUUUCCAGGUUGGGGGAAGGGGUAUCCACCUGCAGCCCUUUUAGUGGAGGUGUCUCAUUCUUGCUUCUUUGUCCCCCUUAGGCUAAUAAAUCCCCUUGGCACUGAUGGGCACUGGGAAAUGUCAAGUAGACCCAGGAUGCUCUUUAUUUAAACUCCUUUUGAGUGAGUCCUUCAUGGGCCAAUGCUAAUCUGGGCCAGUAAGCAUAAGAGCAAAUCACCACGGGUUCAUCUAGACUUAUUUUUGAUCUGGUGCUAUUGCACCAGGUUGGAGCUAAAAUGAAUCUCAAAUCAGUCCUCAAAUACUGUUGCCUGAAAACCUCUGGCUCUUUCAGCAACUAGAGCUCAAUACACGGAUGCCCCAUCUUAGCGGUGAUUUCAUAGCAAUUUGGAGAAAUUUUCUCAUCCAUUUUCAGAAAACCCGACAGCAUUUCUGCCAAAUUUGGAAAGAGGUUGCAUGAUACUCAUUUAAGAAAAAACAAAACUAGAACUCCUUAACUCUCGAGCCGCAGGCUCAGCCCGCUGGAGCACAUGCUCUGUGUCUGCAGAGAACUGUGACCUCUUGCAGUACGGGCUACACAGGAGCUGUUGCAUCAGGAGUAAGUGUCGGUGCAAGUCUAGAUCUCUGGCCAGAGGACAUAUUCACAGGGAAUGAAUAACAUGACACAUAUGAAAUAAAUAGCUGCAACAGACAUGAAAGGCUUCUGGGACCGAAAAAUCCAGCAUUUGGGAAUGGUGCCCUUUGAGGCAACCUCUCAUCCUGGAUGUUGAAAGUACCUCCAUGUGGCAUUCCUUUCUUUGGUAGCGUAAACUAUAGAUAAUUAAGGCAGCAGAAAAUUAGAUUACCUUCUAGACAAAUCUCCUUUGUUCAUUUCCUGGAAGCCAGAAUGAUUUAAAUGUUGUGUGAGUGAAACCAGGAGAUUUUAACAUAGAGGAAAGCUGCAGUUGUAAAAUCACAGUCAUCAUAGAGGAUUGUGUGAUGAAGGAAGUGGCUGGUGUACAGGGAAAAGAAGUACUUGCAUUUCUGCGUUUCUGUCUCAUAAUUGUCAAAAACCAGAAUUAAGUCGAGUCCUUAGUCUCUGUAAUUGGCUUUUGAAUCAAAGAAUAGGGAGACAAUCUGAAACAUAUCUUGGAUUGGAAUGACAGGAGCAUGAUGCAUUCAAAGUAGAAAAAGAAAUUCUGUUCAUGUUAUUUAAGUAAGGUAAAAUGAUUCCCUGAAUUGUUCAAUACCGUCACCUAGCAGAUAUAUAUUACUGUUCUGCAAUGUUAUUGGCUUGCACUGUGCGGGUAUUCUAUGUAAAAAAUAUAUAUAUUAAAUAUAUAAAAUAUAUAUUGCACAUGAGAAACUUAGGAGUUUUGUUUAGAACAGUUAACAUCUGAAAAAUCUAAUGCAUUAACUGUUUUUGUCAGGUACUAAAUACUUACUAUGUGGGAAACCCUUUUGUGUGGUCCGUAGGCUUACAAUGUGCACUGAAUAGUUUUAUAUAAGAAUCCAAAGUGGGCACCAUUAACUGGUCUUUGAAAUAUGCAUGGACUUUAUAUUUUCUAUAUUUGUAACUUUGCAUGUCCUUGUUUUGUUGUAUAAAAGAUUUAUAAAUGUUUAAUAUCUGACUGAAAUUAAACAGGAGCUAAGAUGAGCACCA